AUGAAGAACAGCAGCAGCAACAACAACAACAACAGGAACAGCCCUAGGAUGAUGGAUGUUGAGGAGCAGCACGACAUGGUUAUAGGCCUACGAGUAGACUUUAUGAGGCUUCUAACAUGUCUUACGCUAUUGACCAGUAUUGAUACCGACAAAGAUGAUAAGCUGCGAAUGCUGGUUGAUAUACAUGAUGAUGACGAUGAUCGGUGCCUCUAUGUGAAGCAACUAUAUGCUCUUGUGAAGAACGCGACGAGCGUGGCUGCCUGUGUCCAUAGACGAUGCGCUGGUGCUGCACUAGAAGGAGGUACUCAAGUCACUGAUGGUGGGGACUCUGUUAUUGCCGAAGUCGAUAGGCAGCAAUGCAACAGGGUUUUCGUGGCACUCAUGCGGCACCUCAAUCGGACUACACAGACGGACUUCUUCUCGCUAGAGGGCCGCCAGCAGUGCUUGGAUGGACUACCUUAUAAUACAUAUGCCUUGGUGAACAGUGAAGAACUCCUCAGAGGUUUGAAGCAAGCCACAGAUGAUGAUCAUACACUCAGUUUACUAGAUCACCUUAUACCAGCACUAGCAGGUGCUGUAUCAAUGCGAUGGCUCGUACCCCAGGGUACCCCUCAUGCAGCCAUAGUAAAAGGGAUCAAUGAACGACAUGCACGGCAGAAGCAACGCAAAACCAUGCGACAUCGGUUGGCAGGAUUAGCAAGGCUCAAUCGUACCAAUGCCUUCAAGCCCGAUCUAUGCUUCAUCCGCAAGGGACUAGAACAUCUCGGUCUCAUAUCGGAGGGGGAGGAGGAGGAGGAGCGUGAGAGCACUAAGAGGCAUCCAGACUCUCCUUCUACCUCGACAACAGACUCGGCAAUCGAUAGCGAUCCGGAUUGGUCACAAUUCGAGACGGUCUUUCGUGAAUCUAAGACGGGAGGUUGUCAGCUGCAGAAGCCUUCUGACAGGCAUAUUGAGAACGUCCAGAAUAUGACGAAACGAUGGCCAAGUGGAGGGUCCACCAAUGUACCGUCAACCCUCUCGACUGGGAUGACCACCUUGCGUGAUGUCCUUAACAUGGUACCUCCUCCUGACCACCCUUUCAGCUCGUCUAAGGGACGCCGAGGAGCGGGGCAUCGCCUUAGCACAGCCCGAUUCCGCUCUGCUUUCUCUACCCAAUUAAGCCAGUCGUUGCGGAAACACGA